AUGGAUGCCGUCAAUCUUGAAAUCAAUGACGGCCCCGGCUCUGACAUUGAAUCUGUUUCUAUGGACAUGUCUGAACUUUUUACCCUUUCUCGACAUAUUCUGAUCCGUGACGAUGAAUCGCAUCGCGUGGUAUUUAACCUGAAGCGCGCCGACAUGGGUGUGCCAUUGCAAAACUACAGCGUGUUUGCAACAGAGGAACUGAGCAACAACUCAUUGGGCUAG